AUGUUUCGAACGAUAAACGCAUCUCCCUGUUCUCUUUCAUUCUCUCUGUACUCCUCUCUCUUUCUCUCUCUCUCACUUUUCUUUCUUUCUCUUCCUCUUUCUCUUUCUCACACCCACUCUCACCUUCUUACUCACUAUGUUUUCUCUAUAUCCUUCGCCGCUUUUCUAUUUUUGCCCCCCUUUACCUCCCUUUGUCUCUCUCACUUUCAUUCUCUCUUUUACUCUUUCAUUUUGUCUUUGUCUUCCCUCUUUCUCUCCAUUUCUCAUUCUCUCUGUCCCUUUUCUUUCUCUUUCUCUCCAUUUCCACUUCUGUUUCUCUUUUUUUUUUUUUUGCUUAUUCUCCCGUUUAUCUCUCUCUCUCUCUCUCUUUCUCUCUCUCUAUAUAUAUAUAUAUCUCUAUCUCUCUCUCUCUCGCUCUCUUCCCUUCUCACCUCUCUUACUUCCUCUCGUCUUCUCUCCCUAUUUCUUUCCUUGUCUCUGUUUUCUUUUCUCUUUCUUAUUCUCUUUCUUUCCCUUUUUCUCUCUUACGAUCCCUACUCUAUAAAUAAUGUUCACUUUUACUUUUCUCUACCGCUUCUCUCUUCCCUCUCUCUAUUUUCUCAACCUCCUCCUCUCUCUACAUCUCCCUCUCUUACCGCUCUCUCAAUCUCUUUCUACUUCUCACCUCCCUCUUUCUCUUCUAUCUGUCUCUCCUUUCCUCCUUCUGUCUUUUCCCUUCCCUUCCUGUAUGUAUCCAUCUCUCAUUCCCUCUUUCUCUCCUCCUCCUCCUCCUCAACUCUCUCCUUCUCCUCAUCUCUCUCUCUUUUCUAUUCAUCUAUCUUUCUUCUAUCCUUUUCUCGCUCUCGCUUUUCACUAUCUAUCUAUUCUUCAAUCUCUCUCUCUUUCUUUAUAUUUCUUUCGUUGUCCGCUACCUUCCUCGAUCUCUCCUCCUUUUUCUCGCUUCUUUUCAUCUAUCUCUUCUUCUCCCCACCCUCUGUCUAUCUCUUCUCCCUUCCUCUCUAUUACCUCUUCUUUAAUCCUACUCCUCCCUCUUCAUUAAUUUCCUCUGUCUCUCUUUCUUUCUUUCUUUCUUUUCUUUCUUUCUUUCUUUCUUUCUUUCUAUCUAUCUAUCUAUCUAUCUAUUUCUCUCUGCCUCUCUUUUCCUCUUUCUCUCUUUUUCUAAUUUUCUAA